GAACAGAAGAUGAACAUCUGGCCAUUGGUUUCCAAGUUCAGUCAUACCUGAACGUGAUAACUGAUAAGAGCUCAAGUCCAUCGUCGCCGUCGCCGGUCCCUGAGAGUACUUAGCCGCCGCCGCCGCCGCCGCCGAACUACUCUUUCUAUCCUCUCAUAUUGCCUACAAUCCUCUUCAACAUCAAAACCCCCAAUUUCUAGUAACAAUGGAGCUCGGCCAACGAGCAUUUAUCCAUCAACGGCAGUUAAAUCAACUUCUCUUCUCACCUUCAGUUGCCGCGAGUUCAUACGUAGCUUCCUCUCAUCUCCAGCGGCCAAGAAAUCAGCUGCGUUCGGCGUUUUGUGCCAGAAUUCACCGGUCCAAUCAAACGUUUCCUUUAUCUGUUUCAGCUCCAUUUGUGAAGAAACAACAAUCGCCUGUCUCAUUAGUUAGCCGUUCUUCAACAUAUCCUCCACUUUGUUCUUCUAGGAAACCAAGGUUUAUUAUUGUCACAUGUCAUAGCCAGCUUUCACCUUCGCCUGAAUUUUGGGAGGAUCCUGACGAUGGGAGCGAAAGCGAUCAUGACGACGACAUGAACGACGAUGAAGAAAACGAAUUGGAUUUCGAGGCUAAAUCCUCAGCCUACCUGAAGAAUUCAACAGCAGAGGAGUACGAUGAGAAUCUUCGAAAAGAAGUUGAAUUGCUUUUGGGACCUGAUGAAAGGGAAAUUUUACAGAAGAAUGAGAAAUUUAACCUGGACAAAUUAUCAACUGCAAAGUGGAAUCCUCUUCAUUCUCUUGCCCUAGCAGGGCAGAUACAGCAUAUGGACAUGCUUCUUGACAGUGGAAUUCACAUUGACGACGUAGAUAAGGAUGGACGAACUGCACUUCACACAGCAAUUAUAGGUAAAAAAGAGGCUGUCAUAAGUCAUCUUUUGAGAAAAGGUGCCAAUCCUCAUGUUAAAGACGCGGAUGGGGCUUCUCCAAUUCAUUAUGCGGUUGGAGUUGGUGCGAUACAAACUGUAAAGCUGUUGAUCAAAUACAAUGUUGACUUAAACGGUGCAGAUAAUGAAGGGUGGACUCCUCUACACGUUGCGAUUCAAGGGAGAAACCGAGAUAUUGCGAAGAUUUUGAUUGUCAAUGGUGCAGACAAGAACAGAAGAAAUAAGGUUGGUAAAACAGCAUUGGAUCUAGCCCUGUGUUAUGGGAAAGAUUUCAAGUCGUUUGAUCUAGUUAAGUUAUUGAAGCUUGUGCCCGCCCGAUACCUAUGAAAACAAUUAACGUUUUUUUGAGCUUACCUUAAUUGCUUCAAUGCGUUUAGUAGUGUA